ACAUCAAUCAAACCGUCGAAAGGAUUAGAUUUUUAGUUUGCGAGUGAGUGUUGGCAGGCAUGCUUGGAUGAGGUUCAUUCUUGUGUGACAUUGUUGUUCCAGAAAUGUGGUGGUCGUGUCGUCGUAGAUUGUUGAGAUAAGAAAGUAAUAUUUUCGGAAUUAUAAAAUUUUUGGAAAUUGGAAAUAGUUUUUGUCAUGCGUUAACGCCGUGACAAAUUUUAAAAAAAGAAAGCGUGUGGAUUGUUUUUCUCGAAGAUUUCCAUUGCGUCCAGUGAUGAUUUGGUGUACGUGAUUAAUAAUUUUAUUUGUACGGACUUGUCAAUGCUAAUUGACAUGCUAAUUUAAUAAAGUUCUGUGCUCACCCACAAUUACAUUGCCAAUUAGCACAAAAGUCGCCAAAAAAAGGGAGACAGACGUGUGACAUUGGACAAUUAGUGGUCGAAAUGUGUCGCAUUAUAAAACCAUCAAUUCAUUCAUUCAUUCAUUUGAUUAGCUCAACUCAACAAUAGUUGACGACGACGCUCCGUAUAACCAGAUACAUUUCCUCAGAAUGAGAUUCACCCGUUGACUCGCUGCUGCAGAACCAGUUCAGUUAAUUCCAGAAUGAUUAUUGUGUUUGUUAACGAGUCGUCGCAAAUAUUUGUAUUGUUUUAUUAGCACGAAUAAUCGCGUAUUUGCUAAUCGAGGCCUAGACCUUUCGACGCAGCGUGAAACUUGUAUUGUGUUCGUGCCCUCCGACUUUUUUCUGAAUGAGUUAAAUUUGCGACUUUUCAAGCAUCUAUCCAGUAUCUACUGCCAACAAUUAAAAUAUUCGGUGGGGAUUGCUACUGAGAAAAAAUAGCACCCACCCAAAAAUAGCGUCAUUAAUUCAUUCAUUUCAUUACACCAAUUUAUCCAGUAACAACGAACACGGUUUAUUACUUCUCUGCUGAUUAGCUUAAACCAACAAAGGGCAAGUUUGCAUAUAAAGGUGUGUGAAUACUUUCGGUAAAGUCACUUGAGUGAGAUUGACGUGGUUUUACUUUGUGCAGUGAAAACCUUAUUAUUAUGCGGGACACGGCGUCGUCGUCGUUCUCUGCUGGAUAUUAGUUUAUUUAUGGAAUCUUGACAUUGUGAGGGUUACCGAUAAAUUGGCCGUAUCGCGAAUAUUUAAUUGAGUGUGAGAUUAGUUUUGCGUAACAGUGGAUGUUGCGUGUGGGUGGUUGAAAUCUUGUCAGUAUUGAGAACAUGGUUCAACAAAAGCAGGAAAAUCAGGGGGACCAAGUUCAGUCGAAUAAUGGGAAGAGUAGCCCAUUAAAAAUGUCACAAGUAACGAAUUACCUCCACAACCGGAAUAAAAGGAGGCAAAAAUCCAAAUCUGAGGGGGACGUGAUGCCCUUCAAGGCACCCGAAGUAUUAAGCAAGCACGAAUUAACCGAGAAAAACGGGCAUCACCAAAAAAAUGGUAAAAAUGGCGACACACCGAAGUCUUGUUCCAUUGAAGAGGACUUGGCCAGUAGUGGAAUCCACUCAGAAUCCACAAGUCCGGACAGUGCGGCAGGAGGAAACGUGCGGAAUCGGAGGUCUUCUUCCUCCUCCGCGUCCAGUAAUGUGGGGAUUAUUGACAUCGAAAACGACGUUUUUCUCCCCGACGGAAAACGUAAAGAAGCCACAGAUUAUCAAUUCAGUACAAAUUCGAUUCCAGUCGAAAUCGGAAACUUUGAGGUAAUCGAACUCGGAGAAAACAGCUCAAACAGUUCGUCACUGUCAUCAAGGACGGCACACGCGACAAAAAGUGAUCUCUUCCUGGCCAGACAUCGUCUCUACAAGAGUCAGACCAGCACCAGCACGACGGGCAGUGGGGUGGACAACCUGGCCUACAUUAGUGAAGAAGUGGACGAUGGCUUUUCCGUCGUGGUGGAGGCGAAGGGAAAAGCGGACGCGGUUGACAUCGAGGGAGAAAGCAGUGGUUGCGAGUAUGUGGACUGCUCUGCUCUGGCGAGUCCGUCCAUGCAGGAGGAAUGCUUCCUGGAAAAUGCGCACCGGAAGUGUAUCAGAGAUUUGAGGAAAAUGGUGCAGGCUGUGACGAUGGGACAAAAAGGGAUCAGCGAGGUCAUGUUUGUUGACAUAUUUAGCAAAAAGGAUUUGCUUCGGAAACUUUUCGAACUGUUUGAUUACAAGAAGCAACAAGAGCUGAAUCAGGAUGAGUGGAUUGAAUUUCUCAAAUCUCGGUUGGACAGAGAGGAGAAACAAGUGGAUUUCGUGGAGGUUGUGGAGUCUGUAGCUUACGCGCUGUGUGGCGAAGACAAUGUCCAGUUUGAUCAGUUUUGUAUGAUCUUCCGGACCAAGAAUGUUCUAAACAAAUUUUUCCGGCUUAUCGACCGGGAUUUGGAUGGGGUUGUUACGGCGGAGGAAAUCAUGGAAUUUAUCUCGGCGUUGAGUACUGCCAGAACGAACAAUAGAUUAACGAAGGAGAGUAUUAAGUGGUUGGAACAUUUAUUUCGACAAUAUGUCGGACAAAAUAAUGAAAUUACGAAGGAAGACUUUAAGAAAAUUAUACAAACUAAAAAUCAAUUUUUUACCGAUCGAGUAUUUGACAUUUUUGACAAUGAUGCCUCCGGUUCAAUCAGCUUACAGGAAUUUAUCGAUGCUAUGCAUCAAUUCGCCGGAAAAGAGCCUGAUGACAAGCUGCGAUUUCUCUUUAAAAUUUACGACGUCGAUGGCGACGGUUCCAUCCAGUGCGAGGAGUUGGGCAAGGUUAUGAGGGCUUGUAUGGAGGAAAACGGAAUGAAAUUCAGCGAUGAUCAAAUCCACGAGCUGACCAUGGCGUUAUUUGAGGACGCUGACGUGGAACGGCGUGGGGCGCUGACGUUUGACGCGUUGAAAGCGCAGUUACAAAAGCAUGAAGGAUUAUUAGAGAAUCUCUCCAUCAGUAUUGAACGGUGGCUAGUCCCUCCAAAACCGAAAGAGUCGGAUCGGUCGAGAUUACAAAAUUCGUUAAAGAAACUUAAACCUCAUCAAAUGUCGUUAAAAUAUUUCAAGAAUAAUACCGUGUACCUGUGUUGGUUGUGUUUAUAUUUGGUCACAAAUGUCAGUUUAUUCGUGUCGAGAUGCAUAGUAUUUCACCGGGAUGAUCCGGAUAAGACUAUUUUCUUAAUGUUGGCUCGUGGCGCAGGCCAAUGCUUAAAUUUUAAUUGUACAUUUAUCGUCGUAUGGAUGUUACGAGGUCUCUUGACCUUUCUCCGGUCGCGGGGAGCCUCUGCAUUUCUGCCAAUCGAUCAGCACAUGUAUUUUCACAAGAUGGCCGGAUGGUUCAUAUUUUUCUUUGGGAUUCUUCACACCGUGAUGCAUUUGAUUAAUAUUGACGUUAGCCUCGUACCAUCGCCGGUCGUCAACUCUGGAAAUUGGACAUAUUUGGACUUUCUCUUCGUGCCGGAACCCACGAGUCAGAAAGGCGUCCUCAGUCUGGGGCUCGUUCCAGGCUACGCGUUCAACACGGGGGUCGCCUUAAUGAUGAUUUUGACCAUAAUGGUUAUCUGCUCGUUACCCUUUGUACGAAGGGGUGGAUGCUUUGAGGUGUUUUACUGGACGCACCUUCUCUACUCUGCAUUCUGGAUUAUAUUGAUAAUUCACGCCCCCAACUUUUGGAAAUGGUUUAUUGCCGUUGGAAUUAUCUUUUUAAUAGAAAAGGUUGUUCGCUACUACAAUUGGAGAAUGGGGAGAGGACGGACCUCUGUCAGUUCGGGAAUCCUGCUUCCUUCCAAAGUUACUCACUUGGUGAUUCGUCGCCCCCCAAAUUUCGAGUUCCAUCCCGGCGAUUACGUGUUUAUCCGUAUUCCCCGCAUAGCAAAGUAUGAAUGGCAUCCUUUCACCAUUUCCAGUGCUCCUGAACAAUCCGACGCCAUUUGGCUUCACAUACGAGCCGUUGGAGAAUGGACGACCCGGUUGUACGAGUUUUUUGAGAAUGAGCAGCAGAAAAUUAAUGUUAUUGAUGACUACGGACGAGAUCGGCUCAACACAUUUGUGUCCGUCGCGACAAUAAAAUCUGCUGAUGCUUACAAUAAGCGAGAGUUUGGGGAAGAUAAGAGCGCCGGAAAUGUGGAGCUCAUCGCGGUAUCGGAGAAGAGGAGGAAUCGGUUGCCCACGGUGGGCGUGCCGGACUCGCAAGAAACGAUCGAUCCCACUUCAAACUCGUCGAAAACUUCGGUCAACAGAUCUGCUCAAGACUUGUCCAGCUCAGUGGAAACAAUGAGUGAGCAAGAUGCCAUAAUUAGGGACAAAAAGGUCCCCCUCAGACUGAGACCGAGGCCACAAUUAACUUCAACAAAAUCUUUGCCAAAUGUCCACGAGCGUGUCGUUAAGCUCAACUUAAGGAACUCUCCCAAGAACUUUCACCGCUCCGCAUCUGUGAAUGAGGUGGAGGAAGAUUUAGGUCAUGGAUCUGGUGGAAAACCGUCCACCACCCGAUCCACCAGUGUCUCAUCUCCUAUCGGACUCAGCGAACGGAACAACAGAGUCCCACGAAGUUUACGAUACAUGCGAAAUAAACCAGUUAUCAUCUCUCUCAAAACCCCCAGCUAUGAAUAUGAUGGGGCCACUGCGACGCUCGAGCAGAAACAGCAGCAGCAACAGCAGCAGAACGUUGGUGGUGGUGGUGCGGAUAAAGACCGACUGGCGGAGGAAGGACGAGCCAACAACUGUGACACCUCGUUGGACGUCUUUGAAGUGAUUGAGGCUAAUGAGCUCCACCCCAUUAUGGGGACGACCAGGACGGGUCAAGGGUCACUGGUCGUGGGGAGACCGUUGGAGAUUUAUGUCGAUGGACCGUAUGGAGCGCCGUCGAGUCAUAUAUUCCGAGCACAACAUGCUGUUCUAAUAGGUACGGGAAUAGGGGUCACGCCAUUUGCCUCGAUUCUUCAGUCCAUUAUGCACCGAUACUGGACCACGAGGGUUUGCUGUCCAAGAUGCAGAUUCACAUGGUGUGCAGAAUUGCCACAGUCGGUGAUCAACUUGAAAAAGGUCGACUUUUUCUGGAUAAAUAGGGAUCAAAGAUCCUUUGAAUGGUUUGUCCACCUAUUGUCGCAGCUCGAAAUUGAGCAAGCCGAGCUGGGCGGAGCGAUGGAGAGAUUUUUAGACCUGCACAUGUAUAUAACGAGUGCUCUCGCUAAAACUGAUAUGAAAGCGGUCGGGCUCCAACUUGCCCUAGAUCUUUUGCACGAUCGGGAAAAACGCGACCUCAUCACCGGACUAAAGACGAGGACGCAUGCAGGAAGACCAAAUUGGAGCAAGGUUUUCAAACAACUGCAGGACCAGAAGAAGGGGAAAGUUACGGUAUUUUACUGCGGACCCCCGGCGUUAGCUCGCUCCUUAAAGAUUAAGUGUGACGAGUUUGGAUUCUCAUUUCGCAAAGAACUGUUUUAAAAGUUUCGCAUCAUAUUCUUGGAUUUCAACUUUUAUUUUAUUUUUCAUUUCAAAUUUUUGUGUCAUAUUUAAAAUUAUUAAAAUACAGGCUGAAAUUUGCUCUUGUUUAUGUAAA